ACAUGCUUGUCUGUCAAACAUUUUCCGCAACGAACCGCAAUCCUUUGUGAAAAAAUCGUUCAGUCUGUGGCAUGAAUUUUUAAUGUUCAGUUGCAGUCGGCGUGAGGGUGUUUAUGAGCAUAUUUCAUAGAAUUUUUACAAAAUAUUCAAUACCGGUGUUUUCGGAAUUGUGUUGAGCUUAAAGGUUUGCAUAAUAUAAUACAUAGCAGUUGCAAAUAAUUACAAGGUUUAAGCGAAGAAAAUAGUUUGUGUAAUUGGAAACACCAUGGCAAUGGCAAAUGGAGUGAAUUUACAAGACGGUUUAUCCUGCGAUGAUCUUUUCCGUAAUGGCGAUGGGUUGACAUACAACGAUAUACUCAUUCUUCCAGGCUAUAUCGAUUUCACAGCCGACGAUGUUGACUUGUCCUCCCAGCUGACGAAGAAAAUUUCUCUAAAAGCUCCCUUGGUGUCAUCCCCAAUGGACACCGUCACCGAAGCGGAUAUGGCCAUCGCAAUGGCGCUUUGCGGUGGCAUUGGAAUCAUUCACCAUAAUUGUAGUCCGGAGUUUCAAGCGAACGAAGUCCACAAGGUUAAGAAAUACAAACAUGGUUUCAUCCGUGAUCCAGUGGUGAUGAGUCCGGACAAUACUGUGGCAGAUGUGUUGGAAGCGAAGAGAAACAACGGCUUCACUGGCUAUCCAAUCACGGAACACGGACGUCUCGGGGAGCGUUUGAUAGGUAUAGUCACCUCCAGGGAUAUCGAUUUUCGCGAGGAUCUUCCUCAACUCAAACUUCGGGAUAUCAUGACGAAAAUAGAAGAUAUGGUGACAGCUCCGAGUGGAGUAACGCUACAAGAAGCCAAUCAUAUACUCGAAAAGAGCAAGAAAGGAAAGCUACCAAUUGUGAAUAAAAAUGGGGAACUUGUGGCGUUGAUAGCCAGAACCGAUUUAAAAAAAGCGCGGAGUUACCCGAAUGCUUCCAAAGAUAGCAACAAACAGCUGUUUGUAGGUGCUGCUAUUUCGACCCGUGAAGAUGACAAAGAACGUUUGGAACUGCUGGUACAAAAUGGUGUCGACGUUGUGGUUUUGGAUUCGUCUCAAGGAAACUCACUCUAUCAAAUUAACAUGAUUAAAUACAUCAAACAAAAAUAUCCCGAGCUUCAGGUAAUUGCUGGUAAUGUUGUAACACGCCAACAAGCGAUGAAUUUAAUAGAAGCUGGAUGUGAUGCUCUGCGAGUUGGUAUGGGUUCUGGAUCAAUCUGUAUUACCCAGGAAGUUAUGGCAUGUGGGUGUCCACAGGCGACGGCAGUGUAUCAAGUGAGUAAAUUAGCCCGAGAGUAUGGCGUCCCAGUGAUUGCCGAUGGAGGAAUUCAAUCGAUCGGUCACAUCAUGAAGGCACUGGCACUGGGGGCAUCCACUGUUAUGAUGGGUUCGUUGCUUGCCGGUACAUCCGAGGCCCCUGGUGAAUAUUACUUUAGUGAUGGCGUUCGACUGAAGAAGUACCGUGGAAUGGGCAGCUUAGAAGCGAUGGAACGCAAGGAUGCCAAGAAUGCUGCAGGUUCGCGGUAUUACCACACGGACAUUGACAAACUGCGUGUUGCACAGGGAGUCAGCGGAAGUAUUGUCGAUAAGGGAUCGGUUUUGCGAUUUCUACCCUACCUGCAGUGUGGAUUGCAACAUAGCUGUCAGGACAUUGGAACUAAAUCUAUUAAAAAUUUGAAGAAAAUGAUCUAUAACGGUGAACUGCGGUUCACGAGGCGCACCCAUUCGGCUCAGGUUGAAGGCAAUGUUCACGGCUUGUUUUCCUAUGAGAAGAGACUGUUCUGAGAACAAGGACAAUUUACGUCGAACCGUAAUUCGUAAGUGUACUAAAAUUAGAAACUCACCGAUAAGUUUAUUCAACCCAUUUGCUAAAGUACUUUAAUGUGAAUGUAUCAACAAUUAUACAAUACAGUGUAUCCUAUGUGUCAAAAAUAGUUGCGAAAGAUUUAUGUUCUAAACAAGAUCGACAAUUGCUAUAAAUGCAUUGAAACAAAAGAGCUGAUAGUGAUAUAAGCAUAGCAUCGUUUUUUUUUAUUAGGCAAGUGUCUAACAGUGUUUAGGUUAAUUCGUCAUGAAUGGUGAAUAAUAAAAUUUAUGUUAUUGUAUAGUUUGCAGAGAAUAGUGAAGACAUGAGUUCCCGUUUGAUUUCAAAAUCCUCCAUCUCAACAAAAAACUUAGUAUUGAAAUUAUUGAUUACAAUAAAAAAUGUUUAUAACUUUUUAAUCAAAAAAUUAAUUUUAUACAAAGCAAACAAAUAUACGUAUACCAGCGAAA